AUGGGCUGCUCAAUACCUCUUUUAGUGUCAUUGUGUGUCCUCAGUGCCGUUGGACAGGAGUACUAUGAAUAUACAGGUACUGAUGGAAAUUACGAAUAUUACUAUGAUGACAGCACUGACAGCCCUGGAGAUGUUAUUGAGACUACCUUAGAUGACUGGAUUUUUGAACUACUGGACACUAUAGAUCACUGCUCAUCAGAACCCUGCGCAAAUGGAGCAAGUUGUGAAAAUACGGCUGAGGGUGGAUUUCGGUGCCAUUGUUCUGAGCCCUUUACAGGAAAGACAUGCCAGACAGUGAAAGACUAUUGUAAAGGUGCAAAAUGUGGUCGUGGCACCUGUGUUUUUAAAUCUUCUUACCCAUAUUAUGAAUGCAAGUGCAAGCAUCCUUACAGACCUCCCGACUGCAAGAAAGCGGCUGCAUGUAGACCCAAUCCUUGCCAAAAUGGAGGUUCUUGUCUCAAAGGUUCCAAACGCACGUCCUUCAAAUGUUCCUGUCCUAGUGGCUACACUGGGAAGUUUUGUGAAGUUGGGCCUAAUGACUGUUAUCAGGAGGAUGGGGAGACUUACAGAGGGAUGGUGAGUGUGACAUUGGAUGGGGACGAGUGUCUGGACUGGAAUUCGUAUUUCAUCCUGCAAAAAGGAGGCGAUCCAUUCACAGAGUAUGCAGGGUUUGAUGGACUGGGGCCGCAUAAUUUCUGCAGGAAUCCAGAUGGAGAAACUCAGCCUUGGUGCUUUAUCAACCAAAAUGGUCAACUUAAAUGGAAGCUCUGCAAUGUUAGGCAAUGCUCCACAACUCCUGUGACCCCUCCCACCAUUUAUGAGAGUGAUGUGCCCACCCCAGCUCCAAAUAAACCUGACAUAUCUGCUCCUUCUGGCUCCUUCUCCCAGUGUGGACAGCCUCAGCCAGGACGCACCUCCAGGAUUUAUGGGGGAAAGAAGUCCCUCCCCGGAGCUCACCCCUGGCAGGUCUCUCUUCAAAUCCGCCCCAGAUACUCCUCAAACCCCUUCAGUCACAUCUGUGGGGGCAUCCUGCUCAGCUCCUGUUGGGUUCUCACAGCAGCACACUGCAUAAAAAAUGAUGUUGAAAUGCAAGUUGUUCUUGGAGGAGUGGACAUUGAAAGGCAUGAAGUAUAUGACCAGACUAUUCCUGUGGAGAGGGCUGUGGUGCAUGAGAACUACAGACAGUCACCAUUUGCUCUAUAUAAUGACAUUGCUAUGCUCAAGCUGAAGGCCACGGACAAGUCACUUUGUGCCAAAGAAACACGUUUUGUGAAGGCGGCGUGUCUGCCAGCAGAGGGGUUUCCGAGCGGGACAGAAUGUGUCAUCUCCGGAUGGGGAGUGACUGAGACACAGAGACAUGGCACCAACUAUCUGCUGGAUGCUCGUGUACUCCUGAUCUCGCAGGACAAAUGUAAAGCCCCUCACGUCUACGGAGACUCUCUGGACGACAGCAUGUUCUGUGCUGGCAACAUGAAUGGAGGUGUCGACACGUGCCAGGGAGAUUCGGGUGGUCCCCUGGUGUGUGCGCGUAAUGGGAUUCAUUAUGUGGUGGGAGUGGUGAGCUGGGGAGAUGGCUGUGGCAAGAAGUACAAGCCUGGAGUCUACGCCAAUGUUGGGAAAUUCACCAACUGGAUCUCCAAUCAAUUAAACUCCUAA